GGUUCUCCUCCCUCGCCCUCUUUUGCUUCUUGGCGCUCGCGGAGUCCGGCCGCUUUCCUCCCGCGUCUGCUUUGCUGCUCGCUCUACAGCGGUACAGUUGAAUAGAUCCCAAGGAAAACAAUAGCUGCAUAUAUUCUUGCUUAGUUCCCAUUUGGGAGGUAUAAUAUUCUGCCUUUUUAAUAUUUCCCAGAAUAUUUCAUUCUUCUAGGAGAGGGAUAUAUUUUAAGAAUGGCGGAAGCCCAUCAAGCAGUUGCGUUUCAGUUUACAGUAACGCCAGAUGGAAUUGAUUUGCGCAUGAGCCAUGAAGCACUUAGGCAGAUCUAUCUAUCUGGGCUUUAUUCCUGGAAAAAGAAGUUCAUCAGAUUCAAGAAUGGCAUAAUCACAGGAGUCUAUCCUGCUAGCCCAUCCAGCUGGCUUAUUGUUGUAGUAGGAGUAAUGUCAACUAUGUAUGCAAAAAUAGAUCCUUCCCUGGGGUUAAUAGCUAAAAUCAAUCGCACCCUGGAUACAACCGGCUAUAUGUCCAAUAUGUCCAAUCAAACACAGAAUAUUGUCAGUGGGAUUCUGUUUGGGACAGGGCUGUGGGUGACUCUUAUUUUCUCAAUGCGCUACUCUUUGAAGAUGUUGCUUUCAUACCAUGGUUGGAUGUUUGCAGAGCAUGGAAAACUUUCUACAGGAACCAGGAUAUGGAUGGCGCUUGUGAAACUUUUCUCUGGACGUAAACCAAUGCUGUAUAGUUUUCAGACCUCACUACCACGCCUUCCUGUUCCAGCUGUAAAGGAUACUGUAAAUAGGUAUUUAGAAUCAGUGCGUCCACUUAUGAACAAUGAAGAAUUUAAAAGAAUGGAAGGUCUUGGCAAAGAUUUUGCUGUAAAUCUGGGACCAAAGCUACAGUGGUAUCUGAAGUUAAAGUCUUGGUGGGCUACAAAUUAUGUUAGUGAUUGGUGGGAAGAAUACAUUUAUCUCAGAGGACGUGGGCCUAUCAUGGUAAACAGUAAUUACUUUGCGAUGGAUUUUCUGUAUUUUACUCCAACUACUGUGCAGGCAGCUAGAGCUGGCAACGCCAUCCAUGCUAUCUUGUUGUACAGAAGAAAACUGGAUAGACAACAAAUCCAGCCAAUUCUUCUGAUGGGAUCCACUGUUCCACUCUGCUCAGCUCAAUGGGAGAGGAUGUUUAACACCUCCCGUAUUCCAGGAAAUGAAACAGACACCAUCCAACAUUUGAAGGACAGCAAACAUAUUGCUGUAUAUCAUAAGGGACGCUACUACAAAGUAUGGUUGUACUAUGAUGGUAGACUCCUGAAACCCAGGGAGAUUGAGCAGCAGGUGCAGUGGAUCUUAAAUGACAAAUCUGAGCCUCAGCCAGGUGAAGAGAAGUUAGCAGCUCUUACUGCUGGAGACAGGUAUGAAACUUGGUAAUUGUGGGUUUCUUAAUUUUUUUAAAAUGUUUUUUUUUAAUUUACCUGAUCUCUUCUUUAUUCUUCCUUGAUUGAUACGCUUAUUGUAAAUUGGAUUAAUUGUGGGAUUUAGACCCUUCUUAGCAAUGCACAGUAUUGCUUU